AUGGCGCCCAAGGCAGAGAAGAAGCCCGCAGAGAAGAAACCAGCCGAGAAAGCUCCGGCGGAGAAGAAACCAAAGGCCGGAAAAAAGCUCCCGAAGGAAGCCGGCGCAGGCGGAGACAAGAAGAAGAAGAUGAAGAAGAAGAGCAUCGAGACUUACAAGAUCUACAUCUUCAAGGUGCUUAAACAAGUUCAUCCCGACGUCGGAAUCUCAAGCAAGGCCAUGGGGAUCAUGAACAGUUUCAUCAACGAUAUCUUCGAGAAGCUAGCUCAAGAGUCGUCGAAGCUCGCGAGGUAUAACAAGAAGCCUACAAUCACUUCUAGGGAGAUUCAGACCGCUGUGAGACUUGUGCUUCCUGGAGAGUUGGCGAAACAUGCUGUGUCUGAGGGUACUAAGGCCGUCACGAAGUUUACCAGCUCCUAGAAUAUUAUUUAGUUUUUCAUUUUCUUGUUUUUUUUUUUGCAGUAUCGUUUUCGUUUUGCAAUUUUACGGUUUGUAAUUAUUGCGAUUGAUAUGUUUCGAAAGUUAUGUUAUCUCGUUGAGAUUGAAAGUAUUGGAAGUCUUCGUUUUUAGCAAUAA